CUGACCCAGGAGCUCCAUAUGCCGCGACGCUGCCAAAAAUGAGGGGGGAAAAAAGGAAAGGAAAAAAGUUAUUAUCAAUUAUUAUGAGGCAAUUGAAUGCCAGAAAGGCUCACUUAGGGUCAAUUAGCUUUUAAAUCGAGGUUAGAAGUCAGAUCUCCACAUCCUGUGCUAGAUGCUGGAAUGAAUUAAGCAGGCAGAAUUUUAGUCUCUGAGGAACUCCCAAUCAAACACGGAAAGAGCAAGUAACAAAUUACUAAUAUAUAGUGUGGCAGAUGAAAUAGCAGAAUUGUGUAAAAUAUUGGGGCAAGUCAGAGAUGGCAAUUAAUUCUGCCCGGAGAAAUAGCAGCGAAGGUGACACUCGAGCUGCAGUGAGGGCAGGGUCUGCGGGGAUUUCUAGACACUGAAUGUCAGAAGCUGCCGGAACCAAGGUGCUGCGGGAGUUGAAUGCGUCUCGGUCGGAUAUUGUUACUGGACCGGAUCAAGGCCGUUCCGUCAGCAUUUUCAGACCCCCAGGGAUCGCAGCUGCCUGGGCCGAUCUUCAGUUGGCCCGACUGCACACAACGCGACAGCAAAGGAUGAACGGAGCUCUGGGAAAGGCGCUGUGUCUGAGGAAUGACACCGUUUUAAAGCAAGCCCUUUCCCUCAUAAGGGUCAGAGCUUCGGGAGAGAGUCCCAUCUGUUCUGCAGGUGGCAUUCUGCUGAGUACCAGUCGGCAUUACAGGUCAAAGCCCACCCAUGGCAUUGGAAGAUACAAGCACCUAGUUAAAGCACAAGAGCCCAAGAAGAAAAAAGGAAAAGUGGAAGUGAGACCCAUUAAUCUGGGGACAGAUUAUGAAUAUGGGGUUUUAAACAUUCACCUGAUUGCAUAUGACAUGGCCCUGGCAGAAAGUUAUGCCCAGUAUGUUCACAACCUCUGCAACCAUCUCGCCAUUAAAGUCGAGGAAAGUUAUGCGAUGCCCACCAAAACCAUGGAGGUGUUGCAGCUGCAGGAGCAAGGCAGCAAAAUGUUCCUGGACGCGGUUCUUACCACCCAUGAACGAGUGGUUCAGAUCAGCGGUUUGAGUGCUACGUUUGCAGAGAUCUUCUUGGAAAUCAUCCACAGUAAUCUUCCUGAAGGAGUCAAAUUGUCAGUGAGGGAGCACACGGAAGAAGACUUCAAGGGAAGGUUCAAAGCUCGGCCAGAACUGGAAGAACUGUUAGCCAAGUUGAACUAGCUCAUUGCACCCGUUGCAUGCCAGCACUGUGUCAGGGAGUGUCAGGGAGAAGAGCUUCCUUGGCGGCCCAAGUUAAGCAGGAGACUCUAACCUUGUUGUCAUAAAUUCCCAUCUCCACAGCCAGGAAUGCCUCCUCGCUUGUGUGGAGGAGUGCCUGCCAAUUGUCACCACUUUCCUUAGAGCCAACCCUAGUAUCCUCCACCGAAUAAAAUCUGCUGCUGCUACACGUGUGUGUGUGUGUGUGUGUGUGUGUGUGUGUGUGUGUGUGUGUGUGAGAGAGAGGGAGACAGAGAGACAGAGAGGUCAGUCCAUCCGUCCUGUGGAGUAUCUGUAAGGGAUUUGAUUUUCUCUUGGCCUGACGCUUUAGCACCCGAGCACAUUCCCCUUCAGUGUUUCUCCAAUUAGAGUGAAUUCAUCCUUUAAAUCAGUUUGGCAUGGAGUCUCUGUAGUGAAACAGAUGAUCAUAAGUAAACUCUCUGUGGAUAGAAGGCAUAUGGAAGGAGAUUUUGUAUAGUUAAGAAAAAAAAAAACCUCCAUAUAGAAUCAGGGUCUGUCUGUAAGUGAAAACAUUUACCUUGUCGGGUAGUGAACAACUUGUAAGUAUGCGGGUAGAUGUUACAUGACUACAAAUUGGGGUUGCCUGGAAUGAGUUUAACCAAAGAAUUAAAGGUUGAUUUUGAUUCGGUGUCA